AAAAAAUUUUUUAAUAAUUUUAGAAAAAUUAGUGGAAGAAAAAUAUAUUGCAAAAAUUACGUCCAACAAAGUAACACAAGGAACACAAACCAUGCCUGGCUCAGCUGUAUGGUCUGGAAUUAUGACACUGAGCCGUGGCCCUUACAGCGAGCUCGAUAAAAUGAGCCUUUUUCAGGAUCUAAAACUGAAACGACGUAAAAUCGAUUCAAGAUGCAGCAGUGAUGGUGAAUCAGUAGCCGAUACCUCAACCUCUUCGCCGGACCUCUUAGCGCCCAUGUCGCCCAAAAUGUGUGAUACCGGGGGAGGAGGCGGAGUAGGAGGUGGUGGUGGUGGUGGCUGCGUUAAUACAAAUGUGGCCAGUUCCCUACCCCUGGUAACUUUAACAGCUACCACAUCUUUAACUACCACCACAACACCUGCCACAUGUUCAACCACUCAAGUGGCUGCUGAAGUUGUAGUUGCUACCGCUAAAGCGGUGGCUGCUGUAGUGGCAGUUAAAAAUGAGCAAUUCCAACAGCAGCAGCAUCAGCAACAACAAGAACAGACUGAAAUUCAUUCAUCAUCCUGUGGUGUGGUGGCGUCUACGACUGCAACAACCAUGAUGACACCGCCUGCCCCCGUUAGGACUACACCGCCCAUGAAUACCGAAAUGGCAGCGGCGGACAGUAAUGAACGACGGACACCGUUAAGUAAUCGCGCCACACCCACACCGCCGCAUAACAAUGGUAAUGCCAGCAGUAGUACGAGUAAUGGUGGUGGCAGUAGUCGAGCUUCACCAGAUUCUAUGGAUGAAAAGCCCUCGACAACCACUUUAUCUGCCAAUGGCAUGCUGGGAUCUGGGAUUCCAAGCAGCAGUGUAGGAGGAACUCAAGGGCCAGUAGUUGGUGGUAGUAAUAAUAACAAUAACUCUGCCAGCAAUAUGAGUGUUAUACGCUCGGUAAAGGAGGAACGUAUUUUAGCUUCUCCCACACGCAUGAUGGCCUACCAUCAUCAUCAUCAUCAACAGCAGCAGCUGCAACAACAGCAGCAGCAGCAGCAUCAACAACAACUCAUGCAUCAGCAGCAGCAACAACAGGGUGCUAAAACACCCACACAGUCUCAACAACAUGUUACUGUCUUGGUAACACCAUCUCGUAUUAAGUCUGAACCACAACUACCGCCCCAACCAACACAUUCGCCAUAUUCCACAGCUGUUAGCGCUUCAACAACUACUUCUACGCCAUCCCCCCUACACAGCACCUCAACCACCAGCCAUUACACAACCUCUGCGCAACAGCAGCAACAUCAUCACCAGCAGCAGCAACAGCAUCAACAACAGCAGCAGCAGCUGCAACAACAACAUUCUAAUCCUACGCCCGUACCACCAAUAGUCACAACACAUCACUUACACCAACAGCUCACGCAGCCUCAGAUGCGCAAAAAUAGUCCUCCCCAUGAUCUGCAAUUGCCACCCCAACAUCACCACUUACUGUCACAGUCAAUGCAACAUUUAACGCAGCAACAACAGCUGCAACUUCUACAGCAAGCGGCCGCCAUGUCUAGACAAAACAAUCCUGCGACGAGAGAAAUGUCACCUAGUGCCUCAAUGUCUCCCAGCUCUAGACAUUCGUCGUCGAAAUCACCACAACAACACAUGAUGCAGCCGCAACAGAAUUUGGGCCAACAGCAUGUGCGCAUUAAGAAGGAACCUCCCACAAUGCAAAAUCACAAUCCAAAUUUUGGCAACAGCGGCAAUGGUGGCCAAAGGCAUCAUUCGCCACAUCAUUUUAUGCAACAACAGCCACCGCAGCAACAACAGUCUCCGCAGGGACAUCAGCCGCCACAAUUGCCACCCCAGACUUUGGGUAACAUGGCUCAAGCCUUAAUGCAUCCUGCUUCGCUACCGUCUUUAAGGCAUCCGAAUCGGGAUGCGGCGUUGAUAUUUCGGGUCAAAAACGAAGUGCAACAACAGGUGGCGGCGGCAGCUGCAGCGGCAGCAGGUUUGCCUCAACUAAUGCAACAGAGCGCUGCUGCUGCGGCUGCUCAGCGCAUGGUUUGGGUAUCGAAUGCCCGCAUCAAUGGUGUAAAGCCUGAAGUUAUAGGUGGACCCAUGGGCAGCAUACGACCGGGUGGUCCCGGUCAAUCUCCCUCGCCACACCACUCAUCUUCAUCAGCCUCCUCAACAUCACAGCUGUCGCCGCAGACACCCUCCCAAACACCACCCAGAGGUACACCUACAGUCAUCAUGGGCGAAAGUUGUGGAGUGCGCACCAUGGUCUGGGGCUACGAACCGGCGGCACCACCCACUUCAGCCGGCUCGGCCAGUCAAUCACCAAAUUCACAUCACCACCACCAGCAACAGCAUCAUGUAUCACAUCAACAGAUGGGCGGUGGUGCGCCGCCCUCGUCAUUACAAUCCCAGCCACAUCACUCGUCACAGUCAUCAUUGAAUACAUCCUCUUCGUCACCUUCAGCUGGAUCUCUAACGCCCACACAUACACCGGGACCUUCGCCGCAAAAUAACGAAGAAGCCGCCCAACUGCUAUUGUCACUGGGUCAAACGAGGAUACAAGACAACCGACCAAGACCGCCACAUGCCUUUCGUACGCCUCAUGCUCUCAACAUGGAAAGACUAUGGGCUGGCGACUAUUCUCAGUUGCCGCCUGGUCAACUACAUGCCCUCAACUUAAGUGCAGUGCAACAGCCGUGGGGAGGUGGUACCUCGAAUACAACGGGUCUGGUCAGAGCUCUGGAUAAUCCACACGAACCAACCGAUGAGGAUGAACAGCCAUUGGUGUGCAUGAUCUGUGAGGACAAGGCCACGGGAUUACAUUAUGGUAUUAUUACAUGUGAAGGAUGUAAAGGUUUCUUUAAGCGUACCGUACAAAAUAGACGGGUGUACACUUGCGUGGCAGAUGGCACCUGUGAAAUAACCAAAGCUCAACGGAAUCGUUGUCAGUAUUGUCGUUUCAAAAAAUGUAUUGAACAGGGAAUGGUGUUGCAAGCCGUUCGUGAAGAUCGCAUGCCUGGCGGCCGCAAUAGCGGCGCUGUCUACAAUCUUUACAAGGUCAAGUACAAGAAACAUAAGAAGAGCAAACAACAGCAGCAGCAACAACAACAACAACAGCAGCAGCAGCAACAACUACAGCAAUCGCCGCAACAACAUUCACCCAUGCAUCAGCAACAUCAUCAGACGCAACUUUCACUGCAUCAUCAUCAGACUCAUCUCUUUAUGCCUCAACAACAGCAGCAGCAAUUGCAACAGCAACAGUUUGCCGCCGCUGUGGCAGCAGCCGCCCAUCAGCAACAAACCAAAUUAUUAGGUGACAUGAAGCCCAUGCUCAUGAUAAAAGAGCAACAGCAAUCUAUGCAUUCACCACAUCAUCAGCAGCAGGCGACGCAAUCGCAACCACCACUGGGGCCGCCACAACAACCUCCGCAGCAUUUAGCCUCACCCCAUCAUCCGUUGCAUGCGUCGGCGGGCGGUCCGGGAGCACCACUGCAUAGUCCUGUAGCCAGCGGUCCCCAACAGCAAACAUCACAUCAUCAUGCCGCCUCAGUGGCGCCCCAACAGCAUGUGGCCCACCAGCCGUCAGCAGCUUCACAAAGACCUACGACGCCCCAAGAGACUGCUAUGAAAAUACCCUCGCAUUUGGUAAAUGGUACCAUACUUAAGACUGCUCUCACGAAUCCCAGCGAGAUUGUGCACCUACGACACCGACUCGAUUCGGCGGUUAGUUCGUCUAAAGAUCGUCAGAUCUCCUACGAGCACUCGCUCUCCAUGAUACAAACUCUGAUAGACUGUGAUGCCAUGGAGGACAUAGCCACCUUGCCGCAUUUCUCCGAGUUUCUCGAAGACAAAUCGGAGAUCAGUGAAAAGCUGUGCAACAUUGGCGAUUCGAUAGUCCACAAACUGGUGUCGUGGACCAAGAAACUGCCCUUCUAUUUGGAAAUUCCCGUGGAAAUACAUACCAAACUGUUGACCGAUAAAUGGCAUGAAAUUCUCAUUCUCACCACAGCCGCCUAUCAAGCCCUGCAUGGAAAACGACAUUCAUCCUCCUCCCAUUCGGCCACCUCGACCAGCAGUUCAACUUCUUCGAAUUCGUCGGCCUCGUCGACAUCCUCUUCGCCCACGCAGCACAACAACAGCAACAAUCAUGCUUCAUCAACAUCACCUCCCCACAUAACAACACAUCCUGCCUUAGUACACAAAGAAGAUCCCGAAUUUGUGGCCGAAGUUAAUGCUCAUCUGACGACCCUGCAAACGUGUCUAACCACUCUGAUGGGCCAGCCCAUUGCCAUGGAACAACUCAAAUUGGAUGUGGGUCAUAUGGUGGAUAAAAUGACACAAAUAACCAUCAUGUUCCGGCGUAUUAAAUUAAAAAUGGAAGAAUAUGUGUGUUUAAAGGUCUACAUACUCUUGAAUAAAGCAGAAGUGGAACUGGAAAGUAUACAGGAACGUUAUAUACAAGUGUUGCGGACAUUCUUGCAACAUUCAUCGCCGCAAAAUCCACAAGCCCGCCUUAAUGAACUACUGUCCCAUAUACCAGAGAUCCAAGCUGCUGCUAGUCUUUUAUUGGAAAGUAAAAUGUUCUACGUUCCCUUCGUUUUGAACUCGGCCAGUAUAAGGUAGCAAAUGCUUCAACGUGGUCUAUUAACAAAUGCCGAGCAACAACAGCAGCAACAAAAACAACCGCCUUACGACACGACAAGAGCAACAACAAC